AUGGGGUGUAUAGGGGGGGACCAAGAGGAGGAGUACCGGACUCUAGUGAGAGACUUUGUCACCUGGAGCCAAGCAAACAGCCUGCAGCUCAACACAUCAAAAACCAAAGAGCUGUUUAUAGACUUUGGGAAGUCAAGGCCACGCCCCCAAGCAGUGGACAUCAAUGGGGUAGAGGUGGAAACCGUGGGCAGCUACAAGUACCUGGGAGGAAGCAGCACAACCAAGAGGGACUCCUCCAGGCUUGACAAGCUCAUCAGGCGGGCCGGCUCUGUGGUCGGCUUCAAGCUGGAUUGUCUGGUGACAGUGGCAGAGGAGAGAACCACAAAGAAGCUUCUGGCCAUCCUGGAUGACACCAGCCACCCUCUGCACACUGUCAUCAGCAACCAAAGAAGCUCCUUCAGCGACAGGCUGCUCCUCCCCAGAUGCCGCACCAACAGACUAAUGAACUCCUUUGUCCAUCGUGCCUGCCAUCACACUCCACAACUCCGCACUUGGAGGGAGGAGGGGGGGCAGCAGGAGGAGUACAAAUAUUCCCUCUCAUUUCUUUUGUAUAGCAACAUUACUAGUAAAACAAACAACCUCUACUCAUGUCGCUUCAAAGAGGACUUCAAGUACCUGCUGCUGCCCAUCAGCUACUCUUUGGUCUUCUUCUUCGGCCUCUCGCUGAACGCCAUGGCGCUAUUCGUCAUCACGUUCCGCACAAAGCGCUGGACCCCGUCCACCGUCUACAUGCUCAACCUGACCGUGUGCGACACCCUGUACAUCUUCACGCUGCCCUUCCUCAUCUACUACUACGCCGAUGCCAACGACUGGCCCUUCGGCGAGCCCAUCUGCAAAAUCAUACGCUUUCUCUUCUACGCCAACCUCUAUGGCUCCAUUCUUUUCCUGUCUGCCAUCAGUCUGCAUCGCUUCAUUGGCAUCUGCUACCCGGUCCACUCCCUCAGCUGGCUCAGCGUUAAACGCGCCAAGCUGGUGUCCGUGGGCGUGUGGGCCUGUGUGCUCUCCUGUCAGGCACCCGUUCUCUACUUCUCCAGGACCAGGAGGUACGGCAAAGGCUUAGUGUGCUUUGACACCACGGGCCCGGAGCUCUUCGAUGACUUCCUAGUCUACAGCUCCGUGAUCUCCGUGGUGAUGUUCGUCCUGCCCUUCAUGCUGGUGAUGGUGUGCUACGGCCUGAUGGUGCGCAAGUUGCUGGAGCCCAGCUGGGUAUCAGGGGAGGGCCAGCAGGGGCUCCGGGCGGCCCACCGCACCAAGCAGAAGUCGGUGAAGAUGAUCAUCAUCGUGCUGAUGACGUUCAUGUUCUGCUUCCUGCCCUUCCACCUCACUAGGAGCCUGUACUACUCCUUCAGAUACCUCAGGAAUAGGCACCCAGAGCAGAUAACCUGUAAACUGCUGGAGGCGUCCAGCAUAGCCUACAAGGUGACCAGGCCGCUGGCCAGUGCCAACAGCCUAAUCGACCCAUUCCUCUUCUUCAUGGCUGGUCAAGACUUCCGUAAAACCAUGAAGGGGAAGAAGCAGAAAAAAGCAGCAAACGGCCUUCCAGAAUGUGCAAACACAGCGUUGACAACAUCCCUGUGAUAAUUUUUUUAUUUGCUGGUUUCUUAUUUCAGUUUUUUCUUACCUGCUUUA